AUGGCGUGCCACCUCGUCGCCGCCUGCGUCCCGCGCCUCGCCGUCGUGGCAUCCUCCGCCUCCGGGGAUCCCGUCCGCCGUAUCCGGCGGCGCGCGCCGGGGUCGCGUUCCCAGAAGGCCCCCACGGCGGCUCCGCCCCAGCCGUCCGUCGCGGAGGUGCGGCGCGCCAUCGGGGCCGCCGACGACCCGUCCGCCUCCGGGAGGGACAAGCAGUCCGGUUUCAUGGAGCUCCUCGCCUCCACGCCGAUCGGGCAGCCGGAGAGCGACGCAGAGCGCCGAAUCCGUGAGGCCGCCGAGUGGGUGGUCGACAACACCGAGGCGCGCGCACAGGAAGGGCAAAAGUCUAUCUUGGUGCUAUGCAUGAAGAUCUUUCCUCUGUGGCUGUUCCUCAUGCUUACUGCCCUUGGAGUUAUAAAUUUACCAUUUGAUAUUCCCGGUCUGGAUAUGGAUGAUCUCCUAAUGUAA